AUGCGCAUUGCCGGUCCACUUUGCUUCGCCUCCGCCUGCCGCCGUUCCCUGCUGCAGCUGCUGCAGCAGCCGCAGCGACUGCUGCUGCUGCUGCUGCUGCUGCUGCUGCUGCUCGCCCCGCCUUCCUCCCUCCUGAUUUCAGCAGCAGCACUAAACAAGGGCCGCCUGAGCCUCAGCCUCAGCUCUGCUGCUGCAGCGCCCUACAGACCCCCGUCGCCUCCGCUGCUGCUGCUGCAGCCUGCACCUGCUGCUGCUGCUGCUGCUGCUGCUGCUGCGGCUUCUUUUGGGGCUCCUUCUGACCACAGGCAGCCUCGCCGUUUGCUGCUGCUGCUGCUCUCGGGUGUCUGUACACCUCGUGCUGCAGCAGCCCCCGCCCGAAGCCCCCUUUGCGUAGGGGCCCCCCAAAUGCUGCCUGCUGCCAGGGGGGCCCCCCUAGGGUCCAGUUUUGGGGCUUUUGUUUUUCCUUUUAGGCCUCAGCUGCAUGCAAUGCAUGCGCUCCGGGCCCCAAGGGCCUCUGCAUGCAAGCCCCAAGGCUGCUGCAGCGCAGCAGCUACGUUGAAGGCACCUGCUGCUGCUCAGCAAAGACGGAGCCACAGCAGCAGCAGCAGCAGCAGCAGCAGCAGCAGCAGCAGCAGCGGGCCCACGCACAUCCUCGACUUGCGUUUUCUGGAGGCGCUGCGCCCCGGCAGCGCCAAAUGGAAGGCAGUUCCUCCUGCUCCAGCAGCAGCAGCAGCAGCAGCAACAGCAGAAGCAGCAGCAGCAGCAGAAGCAGCAGCAGCGCCUGCUGCUGCUGCAGCAGGGCGUGUUGUGCUGCUGGUGCUGAACAGGCCGCUGCCGCCUUACUUUAAGGCGCUGCUGCAGCAAGCCUCUCUUGUCUUAGCAGCAGAUGGUGCUGCUAACCACCUGCGGCACAUUUACGAGCAGCAGCAGCAGCAGCAGCAGCAGCAGCAGCAGCUGCAGCAGCAGCAGCAGCAGGGCGAGCGGGCCGCAGGAGAAGACUGUGGGGCGGGCGUAGCGGCUUCAGGUGUACGUACACUUCAGUGGCCCGCAUGCAUUUGCGGCGAUUUGGAUUCUUUAAAAGAAGAGGUGAAAUAA